AUUCACUCUCUCUCUCUUUAUAAGAACCUAUGAGACUUUCCUUACUUGCCAUCUUGGCUGCUUCACAGUACGUGUUUGCAGCCCCUACUCAAACUACGUCUGCCCCUACUACCACGACGUCUUACAUUGCUCAAUUCUCUCCUGUCUUUCCCAGUAUGCCUGCAGCCACCGGUGUGGUUUCUUCCUAUAACGCUGGUCCUUAUGAUGUCGCUACUGCCUUAUCCACUGAGACCUUGAAGGGAUACCCUGAACCUUGGGUCUCUCCCGACACUGAAAGCGAAGAAGUCAAAGCUGCCUAUAACAAGAUUGAUUGGUCUCUUGUACCCAAGGCUCCCGUACGUAAACAAACCAGUAAAGGAUUCGUACCUGAUACCGAUGGCCCUAAGGAUCCUUAUUGUUGGUGGUCAGAUACCAAUUGUGUUAAACCCAAGAUCAAUAUUCCUCAUGAUAUUUAUUCUUGCCCUACCAAGGGUGAUUGGGGUUUAUCCUAUGAUGAUGGACCUUUUAACCGUUAUACCGGUAAAGAUGCUAAAACGGAGAACCCAUUUGCUGAACCUGCCCUCUAUAAUUUCUUGGCAGACCAUAAUAACCAAAAGGCCAACCUCUUUUACAUUGGUUCCAACGUGGCUACGUAUCCUGCAGCUGCUAAACGUGCAUUCAAUGAUGGUCAUUAUAUCUGUGUUCACACCUGGUCUCAUCCUGCCAUGACAACGGUUACCAACAAACAAGCGGUUGCUGAACUUUACUGGACCUUGAAGGCGAUCAAGGAAGCGAUUGGUAUUACACCUAAAUGCUGGCGACCUCCUCAGGGAGACGUGGAUGAUCGAUUGAGAUCGAUUGCUUGGCAAAUGGGUAUGCGUACGAUCUUGUGGGACGAAGAUUCGAACGAUUGGGAUAUGCCUGCCCCUGGUGGAGGUAAUUUACCUGAGGCUACCGUGAAUGGUUACUUUGAAGGUUGGAUCGCUGAUCAAAAGUCGGGUAAAGAAAAACAUGGUCAUAUUGUACUUGAACAUGAAUUGAAUCAUGCUACGGUGAACAUGACAAUGAAAUGGUUGCCUACGUUGCAAACAGUAUUUAAUGUCAUUCCUGCCAUGGCAUGUAAUAAUAUUACUCAACCUUAUUGGGAGACGCAGUAUGUUUAUCCUACGGUCAAUGCACCUGCUGCUACCAAUGUCACUAGCUCGGCUGAUGCUGCUACAACCACGGAUAUUACGCUUACUUAGAUUAGUUUUUUUUUUUUUUAAAAAUAAACUUCUAAUUUUACAG